AUGCGAGCCAACACACCUGGCGUAGCUCUUGCCGUAGCUGCUGCUGCAUUUGCGAAUCUUGGCUCUGUCUCGGCGGUGCCUCACGAGCAGAGCCUGUACAACGGCUACAACGGCCUCGCUGGACCUGCCGCCGAGUUCUACGAUGACAGCAUCCCGUCACGCGUCACGCACUCAGUGUGGUCGGCGCUCACGUCGCUGUUCGGCGAAUCGCACAAGACUGUGCAGCUAAUCAAGUCGGCUCCUGGCGUCAAACUGCUCGACUCGGGCUUCCCCACUGCUGACACCGACUCUGUCUCGGCACCGCGCUUCGUGCUGUACGGAGACCAAGACGUCGCUAGCCAAUCGUUUGGUGCUCCGCCUUACUGGAACAUCACGGGCUUCAACGUGUUCAACCUGGCUUUCUGGACAGUCAAGUUUGGAGUGGCUGACAACGCGCAGAAGUUCGCGGCCAAGAGCGAUGCGGAUAAAAAGUGGUUCAAGAGUCGGUACGCUGGAGCAGGGAUGAAAUUGAUGGUUUCCGUGUUUGGUGCUACCGAUACCCCGCAGAGUAUGGGCAAAAACGCUACUGCGUUGGGCAGGACGAUUGCGAGUUUUGUCAAGAAAAACGGUCUGGAUGGAGUCGAUGUCGAUUACGAAGAGAUGGAGCUGUUCGCUCAAGGAAAAUCGAGCGAGUGGUUGAUCGAGCUCACACGAUCGCUGCGAAACCAACUGCCUUCGCCCGACUACAUUAUCACGCACGCUCCCGUAGCACCGUGGUUCAACGCUCAAAUGUACCCGAACGGCUACGCAUACAUCCACAGCCAAGUGGGCGACCUGAUCGAUUGGUACAACGUCCAGUUCUACAACCAGCAGAACUACAACACUUGCGACCAACUCAUUUGGAACGCCGCUGACAACUUUCCGCUCACAAGUCUGUUCGAGAUCAACAAGUACGCCGGUGUCCCCCUGGACAAGUUGGUCGUCGGUAAGCCCGCGUGGCAGAGCGAUGCAGAUGAUGGGUUUAUGAAACCGAGUGUGCUCGGCGGUUGCCUGAACAUCGCCGUCCAGAACGGCUGGAAGGGCGGGGCCAUGUUCUGGGAAUACCCGCACAUGACGCCUCACCGUCUCAGCGUCAUCACGGACGCUGCCGGAUUGAGCUAG